UGUUGCUCACCUCGAUGGGCUGCAACAAGUCAUGACUCGAGACCUUGGGGGGGCUAGAAAUGGAUUCCGAAGUGGAUCUUGGUUUUACAGCUAAUGAUGCUAAUGGCCGUUUUCUUUUUUAAAUGAAAUCUUCAAGACACCUUCUUUUGCAGCGCUUGAACACGAUUUAACUACGCAAACUCUGGCCUAUUGUGAUUGCGAUUCUUGGACUUUUGCAAACUCGUGAUGCCCGUUUGGAUCCAAGACCACACAACCGGUAGUUUUGCACUCAGCAACCUUGCUCUUCGACAAGCAGAAUGGCUGCUGUGAUGACGUCGGAAGUGACACGAAGGACCUUGAGGUUCACGCGGAUGUGCCGAUAUUGGGGCUCAAACCGUUGCAUGAUGGGUGAUACUUGCAACUUUGCACACUCAGAUGAUGAGUUGAGGCAUGCUCCGGACUUGGUGGCCACCAAGCUUUGCUAUCAGUUCUCCUCGAAGGGCAAGUGCAGCAAGGGAGCUACCUGCACCUUCGCCCACGGGGCCCUUGAGCUCCGCCCGAGCCCACCGGAAGCGCGGCGACCCCAAGAGAUGGAGCCCAUGAAGGUGGCGCAGGUGGCGGCCGACGAUACGGCCGUGUCUGUCCGACCCACACGGACGUGUGCGUCCAAGCUGGUCUUGAUCACCACACCCUUCCGUCCUCCUCCUGGACUCCUAGCUCCGGAAGAGAUCAAAGAUCGCUUUGAGUCGGAGAGUGCGGCAUCAACUUCAUCUCCUUUCAGCCCUCGAAAGGAGUCAAGUGAGAUCGACAGCGAACCUUGCAGCCCCAAGAGUGAGAUCUUCUGGCUGUGAGCGGCCAAGCCGAGGUUCGGCGUUCUCCGUCCCUAAAAACAACGACGUCAUGUUGCUUGGCAGCACUUCUUUUUCAAAGAAUGGAGCUUCAUGUCCAAGUAGUGCUGUCUGCGCACCAUUUUGGCCUCAGAAGUGGGGCUCUCGUUCUUUUGUGCCCAAGUUGAGGGCACUGGGUAGACAAUGGUUUAACCCAGUUUUUCAUCCCUCAGCAAGCACGACUACAUGAAUUUCGUCUCAGUGACGAAAGCAGGAGGAUGCAGACAAAAAAGGCCCUUGUUCUGGG